ACAGACAUACAGUGAAAUCUUCUGGGUUGAUGUGUCUCGGGGGGACGGUCUAGCAAGUGAAUCAUACUGUCAUGAGAAAGAUGUCCCGUAGAACAGGGGAAAUAAGUUGGAAGAACCAUAACCUACCUACCUACCUUACCAUACAUAUCAACUACCCAGUACUUCUCACUUUGCUCGCACCUUUGUAAAGAAUCUCUUUUCGAUUUCUUCCUACUGCUGUUAGUACUCUUGGAGAUUCAACACUCUUUAUCAAAUCAUCGGAAAAGGAAGUGGAAAAGAAACAAGCAGAAAAUCAAGCCCAAGAUAUUCUGCAAUAACCAUCUCCAAGUUGUCGACAGAUUAGGCCAAUAAUAUAUUUAAAUUUAAGCUCUUGAUACGCAGAAACUUCCAGGAUAACAAAAAUAUACCAAGAAGAGUUUCCGCCACGAGCCUCGGUAGCCAUGUCAUAUCACAACAGCGCUUACGAUGAUUAUUCUCAAGAAAACCAAGGGGAAUAUCAACCUGCACGAGCAGGCUGGAAACAAACACAAAAUUACCCCAACGGACAACAAGGUACGUUAUAAAGAUUUUAUUGAUUGGACUUUCAAAUAGCAAUAUCAUAUCAUAUCACAUCAGGGGGGAUAUAUGAAGGAGGGGAGAGUGGAAUACGGUAUAUACGAAACAAAACGAAACGAAACGUCAUCAGAAUUUGAAGGGGCUUAAAAAAGAGAAAAAGUAUAAAUCACGUAUUUGCCAGCUUUGCCCUUGAAUCGCUUUUUCGGGGGAGAGGCGCAAGGCAUUCAUUCAUUAGUCGCAAAGCUUGCUUUUCCGUGCUUGUCCGGCUGUGAUACUACGUACAUAGUAAUCCUCCUGGCUAGCAUUCACAGCUCUCUUACUUCUAUCUUUUGCGAUUUAUUUAUACCAUAUUUUACAUACCUACCACGACUUCACCAUCGCAAAUUACGAGUUGGCUUUAUAAAUUCUUCGAAUUUAGCUAAUGAUCCGAUCUUGAAAUUCAGAUUCAUAUCAACCUCCUCCUCCUCGCGGUGCCAGUUUAAACAAUCCUACAACUCAGAAUUCUAAUAACAACAAUAUGAACGGCUAUGGUGGGGGUUAUCAACAGAACCCCAAUCUCGGGGCGACGUUCUAUCCCGGCGGAGGGGAUGACUUUUAUAUGCCUCCUAAUGUAGUGUCUCCAAUGCCACAAAGGUAUAAUUUUAAUUUUCAUUGUUCGAUUUAAGAAAGGAAAAUGGUUAUUUGGGUGGCAUUUCCAUUCGACAAACGUAACUUGCGAUGAGCGUCACUAAUGAGAAGUAUAGAAUCAUGCCAGAAGUACCAAAUAAUAUGCAAGAUAAUCUUGCGAACCUUGAAUUAAAUGAUGGAUAUCGAGUAAGCUCGCAUUCUACCUUUUCAUCUAUUCAAUCGUAUAAUGACAAUCCACAGCAAGGGACCAGCGAAUCUUCGAGAUCAAGUCAUAGCAAUCGAAACAGCGGACCGGGUUACACAGCGAACUACGAACAUACAAAUGCAGCCAUAUAUCAGAAUCUAAAGGGGCCUUAUGGUACUCCACGAUCCCAGCCUGACUCCCCCAGGUUUUCGCCAUUUCCAAAACCCCGAAACGCAGGUCAGAAUGUACCUUUGUCAGAUGAGGAUAAAGAAGAAGUAUUAGAGAGAGCGAGACCGAUGGUUUUGAAAUCUACCGAUCCAGAGAUGCAGUUGGCAUGGGCUCAAGAUGCAUUGUCUUGGGUGGAAGUAGCCAGCAGUACCUAUGAGCGAAAAGUUGAUGACUCGCGAGCUCCAACACCAAAGGUUGAGCACCAAUUACGGGUUGAUGCUAUAAGCAUUGUCAACUUCCUCGCAGAACAACAACAUCCCAAGGCAGAAUUUAUGAAGGCAAUGUGGCUAGAGUUUGGUAAAUUUGGGUAUCGAAUGGAUAAAAAGGAAUCGUUCCAAGGUUAUCAGCGAGCUGCACAAAAAGGAUACGCUCGAGCAGAAUACCGAAUAGGAAUGCAAUUCGAAAAUACCAUGAACCCUGCGAAGGCCGUCGAACAUUACCAAAGAGGUGUAUACAUGAAGGAUUCUGCCGCAAGCUAUAGGCUUGGAAUGGCUACUUUACUUGGUCAAUGUGGCAUGCAGCAAGAUUAUGCUAGGGGUAUAGAUUUGAUUCAAUUCGCAGCCGACACGGCGGAUGAGAAUGCCCCUCAGGGUGCUUAUGUUUACGGAAUGCUGCUUGCCAGAGAGUUACCGAAUAUUAUCAUGCCUGAUGAAUAUCUACCAUACGAUUUGAACGAAGCGAAGAUGUUUGUUGAAAAAGCUGCUUACCUCGGAUUUGCCAAAGCACAACUCAAGAUGGCUCAAGCCUACGAACUUUGUCUAUUUGGCUGCGAGUUUGAUCCGGCUCUUUCGUUACAUUACAACGCCCUUGCUGCCCGUCAAGGAGAACCCGAGGCCGAUAUGGCUAUCAGCAAAUGGUUUCUUUGUGGAUAUGAAGGUAUUUUUGAAAAGAAUGAGGAGCUCGCCUACACAUAUGCUCAACGUGCCGCCGAGACAGAGAUGGCCACAGCGGAGUUUGCCAUGGGCUACUUCUACGAAAUUGGAAUGUAUGUCAAAAAGAAUCUUGAAAUAGCUUCACAAUGGUAUGAUAAGGCUGCCAAGCAUGGUAACCAGGAUGCGUUGGGAAGAAUUGAUAGCAUCAGAGCGAACCAUACUCUUUCCAAGGGCGAUCAUGGCGCGGCGAUUCAACGUAUUAAGUCAACGCAUGGCUCUCGAAGAGGAGGAAGACCUGAGAGAUUCAAUCAAGCUAAUGCUCCACCUAUGCCAUCCAUGUCAGAAGAUGCCUCAUCGCCAUUGCCUCCUGCACAUAGUCAGAAACCUAAAGUUAAAAAGGGUGCCCCAGCAGGCAUUCGACCAAUUUCUAUUGCACCAUAUCCAGAGGACGAUUUUGGUUCUGGUAACCGCGGUAGUGCUAAAAUUAGUCCUGGUUACCCAAGAUAUCUUCCACAAGAUGGAUUGCGACAAUCUAUUUCAAGUUCAAAUCCUGUCGCAGAUCGACCAUCUUCUGCUUUUGGUGUUCGCCCUCAGCAGCAACCACCACCACCUCAUUUGGGAAUUACCCAUCAAAACACAGAGCCUAUAAGAUCAUCGUCUCCCAUGGGUACAAUGCCUUCACAGGGGCGCAAUCCAUCACCAUCACCUAGCCGCGCACCAAAUAUUCCUCCACUAAGCUUUGAAUCCGGUUACCAAAAUCCACAGCAAAGACCUACAACAUCUAAUUCGAGACCUGGAACCGCACAAUCUGUACAAUCAGUUCAGUCUUUCCAAUCUGCACAAUCCACAUACGGUUCCAGACCAGGUCCUGGUCAAAAUGUUGCACCACCACGAAAUGCUUCCAUGACACCAGUUUCGGCUGCUUCAUCCACGGCAAGUAGAACUCCUAACAGGGCAAUGGGUAACACGAUGUCUUCACAAGGUGGCGACUCGAGACAAUCAUCAAUUUCAUCAGCUUCUACUCCUGCUCCAGCAGCAGCUCCAGCAAAACCAUCAGCACCUGCUAAAAAGGGGCCUGCAACAUUUGAGGAGAUGGGUAUUCCACAAACCAAGAGUGAAGGAGAUUGCGUAAGUUUUUUCUAGUUUAUCUUGUGUUUUAUUUGACUCGGUUACUGAUAAUAUCACAGGUCGUUAUGUAAUGCGAUGGUACAAUUGUGAGGGUUAUAAAAUUUAGGGAUUUACAAAGCAUGGCGAAUGGACAUUGUGAAUAGUUUUUGGAGGAAGCAUUCAAGGCAUUUUUUACUUACAUAUAUGCAUAUACUCGUAUAUUCGAAUAUUCGUAUACAUAUACAUGCAUUUCAUAUUGGGAUAGUUUGGAAUUUCCAGUUGUGUAUUAAACUAGCAUCAUCUUUUUCUUCUUCGAUGAGUGAGGAAAGAAAAGAAGAAGUUCCCAGGGUGUCUUGUAGGGAUCUAUCAAAUAGGUAUUUCUCUAGGUACCUAUUGUUUAUCUAUCUGGAUUAGGUACUAGGUUCUAGGUAGUAGGUAGGUAGGUAAACUGUGAGAUUUUGAAUUAGUCUAGGUAGUCUAGCAAGUUGUAUGUAUGUAUGUACGUAUGUACGUAUUUCUUUGUUGAAAUUAAAAAUUUAUGAUAC